UCAUUAGGUCGCUGUCCGGUCCCCGUCGCUUGGCCCUGGUUAAGAGACAGAAACAGCUGCGACCUGGGCCAAAAAUUGUACAACUCGGGGUACCGUAUCACCGCCGAGCGCGUGCGCGGUGCAGUCAUAGAUGCCCCUCCGCUCAUUCCAUCGCGCGGACACCGAGAGAGUGGAAACCAGCAAUACCUGAAAGGAAGAAAUUGACGAGAAAGAAUCGUCACUUGGACGAAAACUGAAGACGAUGUGCAGAACGACAGGAUACAGCGUGCGCGGGGCGUUCUUCCUCGGAGUCGCCCUGCUGUUCCUGGGCAUCUUUAGUAUCCUACUAGGCGUGAUCGGACUGGGCGCGUGUCACGGCUACUGUGUGCCUCUGGUGGCGCACGUGGGGGCUCCCAUAUGGAGCGGGGUUCUGGUCUUGUUGGCGGGUAUAUUUGCAAUCAGAAGUUCGUACAACACUGCCGACGGCUGCCUGGUUACAACGUUCCUGGUCUGCGUGUUGUUCGCCCUCCUCGCGACGGUCACAACAGUUCUGGUGGCGUUUGUCGAGCUCGGCACGGAGUCGGACAUCUACUACGACGAGGCCUUCGAGACGCACACCAAGCUCAUCCCGAUCACAGGCCCGGCGGGGCCCGGGGACGAGCCCGUGACCACCGGCGCUCCUACCACCACCGACUUCCCGUUCACACCUAUUCAGUUGGACGAGGAAGUUGCCGUGACCGUUAAAGACCUGUUUGCUGGUGGGGACGCUGACGCAACCACAACUGAACUGCCCUUCACUCCAAUUGACUUUAAUGAGGUUGCCGUGACAGCAGAGUUAUUGUACGAUGGAAGACGCCGCCGUGAGGCUGACGAGGAAACUGCAGCACCCGAAACCUCGACAGACAGCUUCAGGAGGGUAGUGUACAAGGACUGGCCGUACUAUGACAACUACGUGGCGAUAAUUGUGCUGGUACUUCUGAGCGCCAUUGCUGAGGUGAUCCUGACAGCCAUUCUCUCCUGUAUCUCCUGUGCCGCCAUCUGCUCCGGUUACCAUGGACACGAGGCACCGGCCAUUGUUGUUUAUGACGGAGUUCGCGCCACAAAAUUGGAAGGAGGUCAAAGGGCAGUACAGCAGCCGGUCGGUACUAUUGAGGUCGAAGAUGUCAAGAAAGAAGAAGUAUAGAUAUUAUCCAAGUCGGCUUCAAUAAGACCAAGUAUCAAGUGAUCACACGAAACUUCCCUCGACAACAGGGCUACGAACAUAAGAUAAUAGCUUUUCCC